CCAAGAGCAGCUGAUGUUUUGAAUAGUGAUGUUUUCGUUGAUGACAUUUGCACUGGAGCUGCAAAUGAGAAAGAAGCCUUGAUACUACGCGAUGAGCUAAUUGGGAUUCUUAAGGCUGGUGGAUAUGAGUUAAGGAAAUGGGUGUCUAACUCACAAGCUGUUCUUGCUGGGUUACCCGAGGAUCAUCAACAACAUCCUUAUAUUUUUCAGAACGUGGACAACCCUGACGCUGUUGCAGUAUUAGGUAUUCAGUAUCAACCGUUAGGUGAUAUAUUUACCUUUCGAGUGCAAGACAUAGAUGUAAUUAAAUCUUGGACAAAGCGUGUAGUACUUUCAACUGUAGCCAGGAUAUACGAUCCUAAUGGAUGGUUAGCUCCAGUUGUUUUUUGGGCAAAAUGUUUUAUACAAAAGCUUUGGUUACAAGGAUUAACAUGGGAUGCCCCUUUAGUUGGUGAAUUGUUAAGUGUUUGGAUUAGGUUUGUUUCGUCGCUUCCUGAAAUUCAAUUGAUUAAAAUUGAUAGGUCUUUAUUGCCACCAGGGAAAUGCAUAGUGGAUAUUCAUGGUUUUUGUGAUGCAUCGGAAAGUGGUUAUGCUGCUGCAGUUUAUAUUCGUUCUGUCAAUCAAUCUGGUGUUGUAACGGUUAAACUAGUUAUGGCAAAGAGUAAGGUUGCACCGGUAAGAACACGCUUAACAAUUCCUAAAUUAGAGUUAUCAGGUGCUGUUCUAUUGACACGUUUGAUAAACCAUGUUAAAUCCAUUUUUGGCCAAAAAAUGAAUAUUCAGAAGUGUUUUGCUUGGACUGAUAGUCAGAUAGUUCUUGCAUGGCUGCAAGCGUCAGUUCAUGUUUUGGAAGUAUUUGUGGCCAAUAGGGUUUGUCAAAUUCAGCAAUCUGUCGUGACCUUGGAUUGGAGGCAUGUACCGGGAGAAUUUAAUCCGGCAGACUGUGCAUCUCGAGGUUGUGAGGCUCCAGUAAUAUUAGACCAUCCCUUAUGGUGGGCUCCAGGUUGGCUGUACCAACCCGAAAAUUGUUGGCCUCGCACUAAAACGGAACUUGUUGAGCCUCUUCCGGGUUUAAGAGUUAUUUCUCUUGUCGUUCAGGAAUCGAUAGAAAACUUAGACCCGUUACUCGCAAGGUUUAGUUCAUUAGACAAAUUGAUUGGAGUGACCGCCUGGAUUAGGAGGUUUAUUUAUAAUUCAAGGAAUCCAACAAUUAAGAAUAUGUCAAAUGUAUUAUCACCAGAUGAAAGAAAUGAAUCCUUAUUAUUCUGGGUUCGUUAUAUCCAAGCUAAGCAUUUUGAAACAGUCUUUGCUACUCUAAAAGGACAAGGUAAAUUAAAGGGAUCUGUUGCUCGGCUGAAUCCAUUUAUUGAUGAUAAGGGUUUGUUACGCGUAGGUGGGAGAUUACGCCAUUCAGAACUACCUUAUAAUCAUAAACAUCCGCUUCUCCUUCCUAAUCGAACUCCAUUGGGAGAUUUGAUAAUUACUGACAGACACGAAAAGAAUGCACAUGUUGGCUUAAAUACACUUUUGGCUAUUAUUCAUCAACAAUUUUGGAUUUUGUCAGCCAGGAGGGCUAUUCGAAAUGUUAUUUUUAAGUGUAUUCCUUGUUAUCGACUUAAAGCAUCCUUGACUCAACCACAAAUGGGAGAUUUGCCUCCAGAUCGCAUUACUGCUGCUAGACCCUUCUCUGGUGUAGGCACCGAUUUUGCUGGGCCAUUUUCCAUCAAGGUUUCAUCAUUGCGAAACGCCAAGAUCGUAAAAGGGUACCUCUGUGUCUUUGUCUGUCUUGUUACAAAAUCCGUACACCUGGAGGUGGUGUCAUCACUUAGUACUGAAGCUUUCAUCGCUUGUUUGUCUCGUUUUGUUAGUCGUCGAGGAUUACCAAACUUGAUUCGCUCCGACUGUGGGACAAAUUUUAAGGGCAGUGAACGUUACCUCGGAGAAGUUUAUAAGUUUUUGACUGAAAACCAACUGCCUAUCGAAAGUUCACUUUCUCGUCGUGGAAUUAAAUGGAAAUUUAGUCCGGCUGGAUAUCCAUCUUGGGGUGGAAUAUUUGAGGCUGUAGUGAAGGUGGCCAAAACACAUAUACGACGAAUUAUAGGAGAAUCAGUUCUUACAUAUGAAGAACUAGCCACAGUCUUUUGUAACAUUGAAUCUGUUUUGAACUCACGACCACUUUGUCCUAUAUCUUCGGACCCAAAUGAUCUAGAAGCUUUAACUCCUGGACAUUUUUUGAUUGGGGCUCCUCUCAAUGCGUUACCUGAAUAUCCAUUUGUGGACACACCAAUAAAUCGGCUCUCACGUUUCCAACUGCUACAACAAUUAUCUCAGAGUUUUUGGAAACGUUUUAAUAUAGAAUAUCUCCAUUUAUUGCAGCAACGAGUUCGUUGGAUAGAUAAAACAGAUCCGCCUAAGGUUGGGGACUUGGUUCUUAUCAAAGAACCAAAUAUGCCACCAUUAUCUUGGAGACGCGGUCGCAUUAUUAAACUAUUCCCGGGUGCAGAUGGUACCCCACGAGUCGCCGAGGUCCGCGUUGGGGAAUCGGUUUUAAAAAGAGCCGUGGCCUGCUUGUCACGUCUUCCAGUGGCAUAACCUUUGCUACCAGCCUCCGGUUUUAGACUCAGUCAUGUUAAGCCUGACUGGGACGGGGGACUGUUCGGAAUAGAAUCAUAUUUAGUUGAUAAAAUAAAUUGAGGGCCAUGAGGGUGGUCCCAAAAAUAUUUUUAACUCGGCUGAUCCGCGCACACGCAUUGUUAAGAGUCGUGGUUGAACAUUCGUUGCGUACAGUUAGAUGCAAUUUUAUAGUGUUUUUUUGUGCAUCUCUUGUCAAUAGUUACGUCCUCCAUUUAGACUAUUAUAGUGAGUGUUUUUGUGCGUAUUCGUGAACUAUUAUUGUAAGGCAAGGUACAGCAUCAGUCCUAACAUUUCUUGUUCCCAAAACUAACAAUCUAUCCAUCCUUACGGCUGACGUGUUUUUUUGUGCCUUUCGCCCUAACAAGGAGCAACCUUGAGGUAUGUACUCAGGACUUAUUUUAGUAUAAGAUUACGUAUCGACGGCCACCGAACCGUUUUUUGUGAUACAUAUACA